AUGGUUUCUCGUCUCGUCUUGGAAUUCACCUGGGGUGUCAUUUUCUCAGCCUACGAUUUUACGCAGACUGAGGCUCUGCUUAUCCAGUCUCUUAUUUACGUCGGCCCUGUAACAAGGCUUAGUAUGCAGUUGGAUAUUGGUUCGAUAUGUCCAUCAUUCCGAUCAAUAUGUGGCGUUUAUUACCCUGGAUAUCUGAACGGUGACGUAGAUAAUGCUCUCAUCGGUCCAUGA